UAACUGGAUUAACGCGGCACGUGUACAGAGCUACAACAAUUUCGGACAUUUCUGAGUUUCCUAGACCGACUAGCGUGUGAACGCAGCAUGACAUGUGGGUAGAUUGGGCACGUUUAUUAGUUCAGUGGGUGUGUAUCGGCCAACAAACAGGUGCUUUCAAUCGUCCCAAUUAGUAAUCAUACCCUGGUAGGUGGGUAUAAAGGUUGGAGUCUGUAUCCUAACCAGAACAGCUAGCAUUCCCACAGCCAAACACUAGUUCUGCCCGGUUUACGGGAGUUUGAGUAGAUAGAAGUAGAUAGAACGCAAUGGCCUCCGCCGGUCUCCAGAUUCUGGGCAUUUCCCUGGCUGUCAUCGGUUGGAUCGGUGACAUCAUAAUCUGCGCGCUCCCCAUGUGGAAGGUGACUGCUUUCAUCGGCAAUAACAUCGUAACCGCGCAGAUCUUCUGGGAGGGCCUGUGGAUGAACUGUGUGAUCCAGAGCACGGGCCAGAUGCAGUGUAAGGUCUACGACUCCAUGCUGGCCUUACCUCAGGACCUCCAGGCCGCCAGGGCUCUGGUCGUCAUCUCCAUCCUCGUGGCCGUGAUCGGCAUCCUGCUCUCCAUGGCUGGGGGGAAGUGCACAAACUGCAUCGACGACGAGGCGGCCAAGUCCAAGGUGGCCAUCGCAUCCGGCGUGUUCUUCCAAGUCGCCGGCAUCCUCUGCCUGAUCCCAGUGUCUUGGUCCGCCAACACCGUCAUCAGGGACUUCUACAACCCGCUUCUAACUGACGCGCAGAGGAGACAACUAUUCCGGGGUGGAACAAUGAGCCGACAGAUCCUUGCCUUUGUCCUGGCCUUCAUCGGGUUCAUGGGGACCAUCGUGAUCUGUGCCCUGCCCAUGUGGAAGGUAACAGCCUUUGUCGGAGCCAACAUUGUCACUGCCCAGGUGUUCUGGGAAGGGUUAUGGAUGAACUGUGUGAUCCAGAGCACGGGCCACAUGCAGUGUAAAGCCUACGAUUCCCUUCUGGCCUUACCCCAGAACCUGCAGGCUUCCAGGGCUCUCAUCUGCGUCUCCAUUGGGGUCAGUGUGCUCGCCAUCGGGCUGACUGUAGUUGGGGCACGCUGCACCAACUUCCUCCAUGACGACUGGCUGGCCAAGUCGAAGGUUGGCAUUGCGGCAGGCGCGGUGUUCAUGGCAGCGGGGGUGUUGUGUGUUAUCCCUGUCAGCUGGUCCGCUCACACCAUCAUCCAGGGCUUCUACAACCCUCUGGCCACCCAGGAGAGGAGAGGGGAGCUGGGGGCGUCCAUCUACGUGGGGUGGGUGUCUGGAGCACUGCUCAUGAUCGGAGGGGGGAUGCUCUGCAGCACGUACAGGUGCUGAGGAGGAGGAGGAGAGGAGAGGAGGACAUUAGUUAUGGAUGCCAAAAGAGAUGCUGGCCUUGUCCUGGAUGGAUGAGGGGAGGAAUGGAUGAGGGGAGGAAUGGAUGAGGGGAGGAAGGGAGGAGAGAGAGGAUAACACAUUCUCUCCUCACUCCCCUAAAGACAUGCCUAAGUCUUGGAUGAUUUAGUCCACAUUGCUCCCACCUAGAUGAUUUUCUUGUGUGGAGAUGUAUUAGGUGAGGCCUGUAGAUUAACUGUGUAGUGACUGUAUGGUGAAAUUCACAGGACAGGUGCAGUGACUGCCUCCCAAAUGGGACCCUAUACCCAAUAUAGUGCAAACUUUUAAACUGAGCCCUAUGGGCCCUGGUAAAAAGUAGCGCACUAUAUAGGAAAUAGGAUUCCAUUUUGGAUGCAACCUCCUCCAUCACCCCAGACAGGGGUUUGCAGCAUCAGAGAGGCAAAGUGUUCCAUCAUGGUUGUUUGUGGAGGACAGAUAGAGAAAUAGUUCUGAGUGAUGUUUUAACAUGUUUCUUAAUUGAUUGUAAAAAAAAUAAUGUCAAGCAAUGAGAGACUUGUAUCUGCUGGACAGCUCUUUAUUCACCAGCCUAAUCAGAGCGUUUUAAACAUAGAGUACACAGAUAGAUACACUGUUAUAUGACUGAAUCCCUGCAAAAUCAUGCAGGGUAAAGUGAGACGGUACCCCUGAGAUACAGUAUAUGACUGUACAGUAUAUGUGACGGAGAUCAGACUAGGUCAGGUUAGAUCAGACUCAGGUUAGAUCAGACUCAGGUUAGGUUAGAUCAGAAUAGGUCAAGUUAGAUCAGACUAGGUCAGAUCAGACUCAGGUCCGAUCAGACUAGGUCAGGUUAGAUCAGACUCAGGUUAGAUCAGACUCAGGUUAGGUUAGAUCAGAAUAGGUCAAGUUAGAUCAGACUAGGUCAGAUCAGACUCAGGUCCGAUCAGACUAGGUCAGGUUAGAUCAGAAUCAGGUUAGAUCAGACUAGGUCAGACUCAUGCUAGAUAAGACUCAGGUUAGAUCAGACUCAUGUUAGGUUAGAUCAGACUCCGGUUAGAUCAGACUAGGUCAGGUUAGAUCAGAAUCAGGUUAGAUCAGACUAGGUCAGACUCAGGUUAGAUCAGACUGAGGUUAGGUUAGAUCAGACUCAGGUUAGAUCAGACUAGGUCAGGUUACAUCAGAAUCAGGUUAGAUCAGACUAGGUCAGACUCAGGUUAGAUCAGACUCAGGUUAGCUCAGACUCAGGUUAGAUCAGAAUAGAACAGACUUGUUCAGGUUAGAUCAGACUAGGUCAGGUUAGAUCAGACUAGGUCAGGUCAGAACAGACUAGGUCAGGUUAGAACAGACUAGGUCAGGAUAGAUCAGACUAGGUCAGGUUAGAUCAGACUAGGUCAGGUUAGAACAGACUAGGUCAGGUUAGAACAGACUAGGUCAGGUUAGAACAGACUAGGUCAGGUUAGAACAGACUAGGUCAGGAUAGAUCAGACUAGGUCAGGUUAGAUCAGACUAGGUCAGGUUAGAACAGACUAGGUCAGGUUAGAACAGACUAGGUCAGGUUAGAACAGACUAGGUCAGGAUAUAUCAGGUUAGAACAGACUAGGUCAGGUUAGAUCAGACUCAGGUUAGAUCAGACUAUGUCAGGAUAGAUCAGACUAUUUCAGGAUAGAUCAGGCUAGGUCAGGUUAGAACAGACUAGGUCAGGUUAGAUCAGGCUAGGUCAGGUUAGAACAGACUAGGUCAGGUUAGAUCAGACUAGGUCAGGUUAGAACAGACUAGGUCAGGUUAGAACAGACUAGGUCAGGUUAGAUCAGACUAGGUCAGGUUAGAACAGACUAGGUCAGGUUAGAACAGACUAGGUCAGGAUAUAUCAGGUUAGAACAGACUAGGUCAGGAUAGAUCAGACUAGGUCAGGUUAGAACAGACUAGGUCAGGAUAGAUCAGACUCAGGUUAGAUCAGACUAUGUCAGGAUAGAUCAGACUAUUUCAGGAUAGAUCAGACUAGGUCAGGUUAGAACAGACUAGGUCAGGAUAGAUCAGACUAGGUCAGGUUAGAACAGACUAGGUCAGGAUAGAUCAGGCUAGGUCAGGUUAGAACAGACUAGGUCAGGAUAGAUCAGGCUAGGUCAGGUUAGAUCAGACUCAGGUUAGAUCAGACUAUUUCAGGAUAGAUCAGGCUAGGUCCGGUUAGAACAGACUAGGUCAGGAUAGAUCAGACUAGGUCAGGUUAGAUCAGACUCAGGUUAGAUCAGACUAUGUCAGGAUAGAUCAGGCUAGGUCAGGUUAGAACAGACUAGGUCAGGUUAGAACAGACUAGGUCAGGUUAGAUCAGACUAUGUCAGGAUAGAUCAGACUAGGUCAGGUUAGAACAGACUAGGUCAGGUUAGAACAGACUAUGUCAGGUUAGAUCAGACUAUGUCAGGAUAGAUCAGACUAUUUCAGGAUAGAUCAGGCUAGGUCAGGUUAGAACAGACUAGGUCAGGUUAGAACAGACUAGGUCAGGUUAGAACAGGCUAGGUCAGGUUAGAUCAGACUAGGUCAGGUUAGAUCAGGCUAGGUCAGGUUAGAACAGACUAGGUCAGGUUAGUUCAGAAGUAAUAAAAUGCACUUUGUCUUUGAUCAAAACCUAAAUCUGAUAUAGAUUAUGUUAAGGAAACAAAUAAUGAUUGUAAUGAUGAGUCGUGAUGAACAACAUUAUCAAUAAACUGCUUUCCUACA